AAGAAAAUGUUUGUAAGGUGGAGGAGGACGGGGUUUUCAGUGACCAGGACCUCCAUAACCUGGAGAGGAGCUGCAGCCCGGACCAGGAGGAACCAGGGCAUCCACAGACUACAGAACUGGAGGAAGACUCCAGCGGUCAGGAGAUGAAGCACGAGGACGUAGAGGUGGAUGUCUCAUUGGUCAAUGUUGCUGAUGUGAAAGUUGAAAAUGGUGAACCAGGACCAAACUGUGACCAGCUGCUGUUGCACACUUCUCCUGAAGCUCAAAACAAAGAUGAGGAAGGGACUGAAAGUUUACGCUCAGACUCCAGUAAAACUGCAGAUCCGGAGCCAAUGAGACGACACGGUGACCACGAAGAUGCUGCUGUCCCGUCAGACAGCAACUGUAAAUCAAAGCUGACCAGGACCCACACGGGGAAGAAGGCGUUUUCUUGCAGCACUUGCAGGAAAGAGUUCAGUACAAGUCGUAUUUUAAUGGAUCACAUGAAGAUCCACACUGGCAAAAGGCCGUACCUGUGCAACACCUGCGGAAAAUCGUUUAGAAAAUCAUCAACAUUCAAGAAGCAUAAAAUGAUCCACAUGGGCGAGAAGCCCUACGUCUGCAAAACAUGUGGAAAGAGUUACAAGCAACGUUCCGACCUGGUGAUUCACUCGAGGAUCCACACUGGUGAAAGGCCGUACCUGUGCAACACCUGCGGAAAAACCUUUACUGAAUCAUCAUCUCUUAAACGGCACAUAACCACGCACACGGGCGAGAAGCCCUAUAUCUGCAAAACAUGUGGAAAGAGUUGCAGGCUACGUUCCCACCUGGUGAUUCACUCGAGGAUCCACACUGGCGAAAGGCCGUACCUGUGCAACACCUGCAACAAAACCUUUACUAAUUUAUCAAAUCUUAAAAGCCACAUAACCACGCACACGGGCGAGAAGCCCUACAUCUGCAAAACAUGUGGAAAAAGUUACAGGCUACGUUCCCACCUGGUGGUUCACUCGAGGAUCCACACUGGCGAAAGGCCGUACCUGUGCAACACCUGCGGAAAAACCUUUACUGAAUCAUCAUCUCUUAAACGGCACAUAACCACGCACACGGGCGAGAAGCCCUAUAUCUGCAAAACAUGUGGAAAGAGUUGCAGGCUACGUUCCCACCUGGUGAUUCACUCGAGGAUCCACACUGGCGAAAGGCCGUACCUGUGCAACACCUGCAACAAAACCUUUACUAAUUUAUCAAAUCUUAAAAGCCACAUAACCACGCACACGGGCGAGAAGCCCUACAUCUGCAAAACAUGUGGAAAGAGUUACAGGCUAAGUUCCCACCUGGUGAUUCACUCGAGGAUCCACACCGGCGAAAAGCCGUACCUGUGCAACACCUGCGGAAAAACCUUUACUGAAUCAACAUCUCUUAAACGGCACAUAACCACGCACACGGGCGAGAAGCGGUAUUUGUGCAAGACGUGCAACAAAGGUUUUAGCCGCAGAAUUGAUUUGCUGAGUCACACGAAAAGUCACCCGGAGGAGAAGUCUGGUGACCCGUGACAAAUGAAGCUCAUGUUGUCGUCCUCCGGGGGCAGCUGUCCACUCCUGUCUGACCCACAGAAGAAGAACCCGCAGAAGUCCAACCACCACCUGCUGUGGCUGAUGAGCCUAAUCCCCUCCCCACAAGGGUUGCAGGUUCAACCCGGAUUUAUGCUUCUCCGUCAACUUGACGCAGAGGGAACGAUGUG